GUUCCCUGCUCUUUCCCCCCCUCCCUCCGCGGCUGUUCCGCGCCGCGCCGCUCCCCCCCCCGCCGCGCUGCGUCUCCCGGACCCGCAGGAUGGAGGUGCUGAACCAGUUGGUGGCCGGGGGGCAGUUCCGGGUGGUCAAGGAGCCCCUGGGGUUCCUCAAGCUGCUGGAGUGGCUCUUCUCCAUCUUCGCCUUCGCCACCUGCGGGGGUUUCUCGGGCUCGCUGCGCCUCAGCAUCGAGUGCGCGCCCCCGAACCGAUCGCAGCCAAUCAACGUGGCCUUCGGGUACCCCUUCAGGCUGCACCAGGUGUAUUUUGAAGCCCCCUCGUGCGGGGGGGGUCCCCCUGAGCGGGUGUUCCUGGUGGGGGAUCACUCCUCGGCCGCUCAAUUCUUCGUCACCGUCGGCGUGGCCUCGUUCCUGUACGCCCCCGCCGCCCUCGGGGGGUACCUGUUCGCCCCCCAGGCCUACAGAGCCGGGGGGAGGGCGCCCCGAAUUGACCUGGGAGUGACAGCAGCCCUGGCCUUCCUGUGGCUGGUGAGCUCCUGUGCCUGGGCAGCCGCUCUGGCCGAGGUCAAGGCGGCCACGACGCCCUCGGGGGUCCUGGCCCAGGUCGGGGGGUGCCAACGCCCGGGGGCGCGGUGCCAGGGGCUGGGGGCGCCCAGGACCUCGGGGCUCAACACCUCGGUGGUGUUCGGUUUCCUGAACCUGGUCCUGUGGACGGGGAACCUGUGGUUCGUGUUUAAGGAGACGGGCUGGGGGGGGCUGGGGGCUCGAGCCCCUCCCCCACCCGACAAAGCCCCCGAGGGGGGGUUCGGCCCCUCGCCCACCCCCCCCCAAGGUGGCUACGGCCCCCCCGGCGGUGGCUACCAGCCCGACUACGGCCAGGGGGGCUUCGGGGCCAACCCCCAGGACGGGGCGGGGUUCGGGCAGGGAACCCCCACGGCCUUCGCCAACCAGAUGUGAGGUCCUCCCCUCCAGCAGGGGGCGCUGUUCCCACGAGCCGCCCCUCCCGGCGGCGCCCAGCGAGGGGGCGUGGCCUGGCGCUAAACCACGCCCACAACAGGGAGGAGCCUGUGGAGUGGGCGGGGCUUAAAACCCCCCCCUUUUCUCACGGCUCCUCCCUCAUAGAAACCCCCAAAAAAUCCCCAAAAAAAUCCUAAAAAAUCCC